UUGUAAUGUAGGGGAGGGCUGCUGAUGAAGAGGGGGUGGUGGUUGCGUGAAAAUGGGUCUCGGCUGGUAUGGGAAAACCUUCUUACUGCGAUGUAAAGGCGCCGCACUGUUGUUCUUCCAGGCGGUGUUUGACCCCGUCUCUCCUCUCAAACAUCAUCACGCGCCUAGUCACGACCUGUCUGAGACAUGACAAACCUCUUCAACACUUUAGCAAUUAUUGCUUCUCUAAAUGUCCUACCAUUACUACCUACCAUUUUUCCACUCCAUAUUGCCUCUUCUCCCCUCUUCUCUCUAAUAUCAUCCCAAUCCUUCCGCCCAACAUGUCUCCGUCACUGGCCUCACCCGAAGAGAUACCAGAAUGGCGCUUGCUCCUUCCAGAAGCCCCGUGGGCUAGCGUACCAGACGAUAAGAUGGCAGUGCUGGUGGCUGAGCAUAAGGAGGCGGAGAGAAGAAGAAAGGAAGAGGAGGUUAAGAGAUUUUUGGUUAGGCAUAGGGGGUUCGUGGGAGAUAGGUUGGAGGGCAAUGAUGAAGGGGAGGAGACUGAGAAUGACGGGGAAGAGGGUGAUGGGGAAACGGGUUUGGUGGAAGACGGAGAGGUUGGAGCUGAGGAAAGGGGAAGAGAAGAGGAAGACGAAAUUGGAGGAGAUGGUGAAGAGCAGGGAGAGAAAGACGGUACAGAAAAUGGAGAUGAGCAGCAAGAAACGCACGACAGCGAGGGUGAUGCCGAGGACAACCAAGUCGACGAUGCACAGCGAGACCAACCACCUCCAAUCUCUGAAUGCUGCGAUAUCGACAGACCCCAGCUCAAGGAUGUUUCCGCGCCUACUCGCAUGGAUCCUGUGUUAUCAGAGCUGAACGCCAAUUUCAACACCGUCCUCUCCAAGUUUGUCACAGCCGCAGAGGGGCUACGCGACUUCAAUGAUCUAUUCCAGAAGGUGAUAUGCGAAAGUAAAUCGUCGCACAAUAUGAAGGACAAAUGGACUUCCAACGAACGGAGAAUAAAGGAUGUAGCCACACAGACUCCAGAAUGGGAGUAUGAGGGAAGAGGCCGAGAGUUUGAAACGAGCGUCGGAGAUGCGAUUCAAAGAUUGAAAGGGUUAAUUCGGCAGUUGGGGGCAGUUGAGAAGAGUGCUGGAGAUGGGGUGAAGGACAGCGAGGUGAGGUUAGAGGAGGGAAGGGAGCUCGAGGAUCACGAGAGGUUUCAAGAUGCGAACGAAGGAGACUAAGGAGAGAGAGAUUUCUAUGAAUUUCUUUUGUCCUACGACUCUAAUAGAUGCCACCUGAACAUAAACCACAUCCCGUUGCUGCGUCCCAGUUUAAGAAAUAGUUGGCUUCCGUCUCUUCCUCUUGGAGGCGAUUGGGUACUGAUCUGGUUUGAAAUUGAU